AUGAAUUUCAAGAAAGAAUGCGUUCGCGCAGACAGCGGGUACUGCCCCAGGGGAUCCCUUAGCGACUGCACAAAACACGAAUUCCCCGCCUUGCUCUCCAACACCAGGGGGUCCGCACAUGACGACAUUUAUGCAGUCCGUACAGGCUAUCACGCCCUGCGGUCUGUCAAGGGCAAAGAAGAAGUUGUCAAGUGCAGUGAAGGACAUAUCAUCUACGGAAGGACAUGCUACACAGGGACUCUGUUCGGCAAGCCAGGACGGCCAGGAAUGAUGUUCAAGUGGAGGAAGUUCUUUGAGAGCCACACAGCGAAUCGCGAAGACCUCCUUGACGUCUGUCCAGAGGGCCACUACUGCCCGGUGCCCUCAGUCGUCACCAAGGUGGCCUGCCCAGAAGGCACCGUUUGUCCUCAGGGAACCAAAUGGAAACAUCAGUACUCGUGCCUCCCCGGUACAUACGCGCCGACAGCAGUGACAUCAGAACAAGACUGUCAGGCUUGCCCGCCAGGCUUCGGCUGUCCGAUCGGAAACGAACUGAUCCUCUGUGAAAUUGGUUUCUUCUGCCCCGCCGGCACCCCUCAUCCGGCUGCUUACCCGUGCCCAAAGUGGACGUACGGCGCGACAGCCGGUCUGCAUUCUCAGAGUGCUUGCUCGCCGUGCCCCGUUGGCUUUGUUUGCGAUGGAGGCACUUCCCUCUCUCUCCCCUGUCCCAAGGGUCACUACUGUCCUGCCCAAGGCCUAUCGUCUCAGGACGCUGUGGCUUGUCCUGAAGGCACUUACAAUCCCAGCAGUGAAGCCAGAGCUGCUGGCAGCUGUUUACCAUGCCCUCUGGGAUACGCGUGUGAUGGCCCCGGUGCCUGGUCGAAGCGUCAAUGUGGACGCGGCACCUAUUCUGGUAAGGCAGCUGCGCAUGCAUUGAAAAGAACUGGCACGUGCAGUGAAAAAAAACGAACGCAUGCGUAA